GUGCGUGUCAGCUCCGCAUGGUACCACGCACUGUUCCACGCCAGCACAGACCCGCACUCCACGACUGUGAUGAGCGGAUGAACGGCAAAACAUAAACCCCCCCAACAAUCAGCAAAGAGAACAACGCUCCACCACCUCCCGCCACCACGCAACCAAGCUAGCUGGGUGGUUUGUAGGGUCCCGUGGUGGGGACGUCUUUGCCCCUGUCCGACCUCUGCGGCCCCGCGUAUCUGGCCCUGGCGUCCUCCACACGCACGUCGGUCAGGGCGGCCGUCGCCUCGCCCGGCGGGGGGGUGCCCUCCUCACCAGGCAGCGUCGGCAGCAGCUCAGACAUGCGCUCGCCGCCACCCGUGGGUGCGAAGCCCUUGGCCGCCACAGUGCCGCGCGCCAUCAGCCGCUGCACGUUACGACGCCAAGGGGUCACAUCCAACUGAAGAGUGUUAACAACACAGAACAACAGAGAGACAAAGCAGGCAGAGGUGUAAGUAAGGGUUUGUCCGUCCGUGUGUGGUGGGCGUGGCGUACGUAUGGGUGUGCUUGCUCGGGUGCUCCGUCGAUUUUGGUUUUGGGCCGCACGCGCAGCCCCGCCCAUGCGAAUGGCUUCGUGGGGUCGGGCGGCAUCUGCGUCUCGUCCUCGGGGACCUUGCCUGUCGGGUUCAAAUCGUAAUGGUCACCUGAACACACAUACACACACGAACGAGAUGCGCCCACGCAUCCAUGUCCCUCCCUCCCUCCCUCCCUCCCUCCCUCCGUCCCUCCCUGUGUGCCUUGAAAACUCACCCGCCAAGAGAGUUGGCAGCGGUAGUCUCCAUGCGUUUCGGUCGACGCCCAUCCAGAAGAGGUCGUCUCUGUGUCGCGUCUGGUGUUUGGGGUUCUUUUUGCCGUAGCUGAUGUUCUUCUUGAGCAGGGCGGGGUUGCGGCCCAGCUGCCUCGAUGACGAGAACAUCUUGACGUCGUCAGGGAUGGCAUGCUCGAAGUUCACUAUCGCCUUCUUGUGCAGAGGGCCCCGCCUGUAGUAACCCACUGCACCCACCCGCCAGACACACAAAGCCAACACGCACCCAGGCAGUCUCACUGAGAGGGCCCUCCCCGGCCGUGUUUGCGCUUGGCUUACAGGUCUUGUGCAUGUAGUUUCUGGUCCUCUGUGGCUGGCGGACGAGUGUGUUGACCUUGAGGACCUUUGCUCCGUAGAGUUUCUUGAGGUACUCGCGGAUCUCAUACUUGGUGAAGUUGAGGGGCACCUUGAGGGCCAGCCUGUUCCUCUCCAGAAACACACCCGUCAGGUGGAUGUAGCAGUUCUGCCAAGGGAAAUACACAUUCCUAAACACACACCAGACAGACAGACAGCACGGGAGUGCAGCUGCAGUUUUCUCGCGAUUGUGUGAGCUCUGACCGAGGCGCCUUUGGUGGCCCGAGCAGCGGCCGUGAGCUGAACAUCGCACCAGGUCCCCCGUAGCCGACGGCCGCUCACACACAAGAGGUGGAGCAGAGGUGACAGAUCAGCGGCAGAUCUUCACGUGCACGAGCACGUGCAUACCACACGGCACCCUUUGCGU